AUGAGUUUGAUGAAGCCAUUGAUAAAUAAGGGAUAUUGCCUCACUAUCGAUAAUUUUUAUAGUUCUGUGGAACUAUUCAAAUUGUUAUCGGUUUUCAAAAGAGAUGCAUAUGGAACAGUGAGAUCUAAUAGAAAAGGUUUACCAAUUAAUAUAAAAAAUCCAAAAGAAGUGAAUCCUGAAUACGUAAGAUCUUUUAGAAAGGAGAGAUUGAUGGCCAUGAGAUGGAAAGACAAAAGGAAUGUGUACUUCCUUUCUACAAUACACGGUGCAGAUCAGGUAGAAAUAGAAAAGAGAGGCAUCAUAAAAAUGAAACCCAAAGUGAGUGUUGAUUAUAAUUUUACGAUGGGAGGUGUUGAUCGCGUCGAUCAACAUUUGUCGAGUUAUCCCCUUCCAAGAAAAAGAGGAAAAAAAUAG